UGCAACUAAUCGUUUGUUCAAAAUAAUCGAAAUCUGAUAAGACUUGUUUGAAUAAGAAUCCAGGAGAAACUAAAAUGUCUUCGGUCUUCGUUUCUCGUACGAAAAAAUCUACAUAAUUUUUUAAAUAUAUCUAACUUUAAUAUACGUGGAAUCUUUUGAUAAUAUGAAGAAUUCCAAAGUCAAAUCUGGAGCAUCGAUCUUGCCGCCCCUAAGAUCUGCAGAACGCCGAACCUUUGAUAAAAAAAUUGAUCUCGGUGAGGCAUUGUCCCCUAUGAUUGAUAAAUUAUCAAUUCAUGAAAGUAUGAAGCAAAACAUCGACAUUAAAUUGAAUAAAGACUCUACAGUUCGAAAAGAAAUCACGGAACGUGAUUCCAAGUUGAAGAAAACAGUUUCUCUAUACAAUGUUGAUGAAAUGUCAUUCGAGGAAUUGCAAACUUCUGUACGUAGAAUUAUGGAAAAUCCGCAACAACCGUUUUCAUUUUUGGCGAAUAUCUCUGACGAAUUCGCGAAUAAUAAACACUUAUCGACGAAACCUACGGAAAUCAAUAUAAUUUAAAAAACAGUAAGAGCCUGGGGGUUUAUUGCGGUUUUCGGAUUGUGUGGGUAAAAAUUUCUUACGAUAGUAAGAAACUCACACAAUUACAGUUAAUCUCAUCUCGUGAGAAUACGAAUUUACUCGUGUGAGUGGGCUCAGCAUAAAAUUUCGACGUAAAAAUGUGAAAUCAAACAAGAGUGACGAAGAAAGACGUACUAUUCUGUUAUUUGUAUAAUGGAUAAUUUAAUAUGUUUGUAUUUGUGCAAUAUGGAGAAAAUAGAAGAAAUAAUAAAGAAAG